GUGGGUCUGCUUGCCUCUUUGAGAAAGUUUUCCCUCUCUCUGGGUGGAUGGAUGGAUAGAGGGAGGGAAGGGGCUCCCCUCACUCCCAGGCCUGGCUCUGGCCCCGGAGUUCCUGCUCCUGUUUAAUAUUCUGCUUGCUCCACUGAUGUUGUGCUUGGCUCCUGUGGGACUGCAACUCACGGCUUGAAACCGGAGCCAAUUUUCUGUCUUAAUCUCAGUGUUUUGACUGGAGGCAGAUCCAGUUCAGCCCAAUCGGGGCUGGUGGAAACAACGACCUAAGAGUCUCGCUCUGUUUCGCUUGGGGAGGGAAAGAAAAGAGAGAGAGGGAGGGAGAGAGAGAAGAAAGCCAGGGAAGGAGAGGCAGAGAGAAGAGAGAGGCGCACAAACAAGCCAUACCAUGUCGUUGCUGCUGAGGUCGCUGAAUGUGGAGAGAAUCAAGUGAUCCCUCUUGCAAUCUGGGAGCAUCGCGGAUCGGAGGCGCCGCCGCCACCAUGACUCUGGUGCUGCCCCUGAGCAGCUUCUGCGAGCCCAUUGUCUCCUCCGAGGGAGCCGGAGAGUUCCAGCCGCUUUGGGAGCCGCGUUAUUGCACCAAGAGCAGCACCAGCAGCAGUAGCAGCCCUGCCUCCGAGUCGGCGGCAGCAGCAGCAGCCGCCUCUUCCAGCAGCAGCAGCAGCAGCAGCAGCAGCAUCCCAAGCCCCAGCAGCCUCAGCCCCAGCAGCCAGGGCCAGGCGCAGCCUCAUCAGCAGCCACCCCCGGGCAGUAACGAAGGCCGAGCAUUGGGCGGGCCACCCCCAGCAGCAGCAGCAGCAGCAGGCUCACACCACAGAGGAAUUUCAAAUCCUCUUGCAUCAACUAAGAUCACAUACUUUAAAAGAAAAUAUGUAGAAGAAGAAGAGUUUCAUCCACCGCUCAGCAGCUGUUCACCUAAAACAGUAUCUGUUUUUGAGGAGCGGGCUCAUAUCCUUUACAUGUCAUUGGAAAAGCUGAAGUACAUUGAUGACCCUGAGGUCUACCUAAGGAGGUCUGUCCUCAUAAAUAAUUUGAUGAAGAGGAUUCAUGGAGAAAUCAUCAUGCAAAACAAUUGGUGUUUCCCUGCUUGCUCCUUCGGUACGGCUUCAGCCCAAGAGUGGUUCGUGUCCCAUGACUGUCCAUAUAGGAAACGCCUUCGGAUGGCACGGGAGGAAUGUGAAAAGGUCCAUACCUGCUGUUUUUAUCAAGAAUGUGGCAGCCACUAUUUAAGUUUACCAUUAUCUACUAAUUCUGCACCAGGGAGCCCCUCUUCUUCCUCCUCUGCUUCAUCUUCCUCCUCCUCCUCUUCCUCCAUAUCUUUGCCAGGUUGUUCCCAACAGGUGGAAUAUGGUGUCAGCAGUCCCCCUAUCUACAGGAAUGAUGAUCAGAUAAAUGCCAAUGAGAUUUUCAUUACUAAUGCCGGGCCACAUGGGCAUCGGGAUAAGACAGUGUUAGGCAGUGAGAAAGGAAUCCAUGAAAUGGAGCGAGACCAUGCUGCAGACUGGGAACCUAUGAAAAGCGACCAUGCUAUUGAAUGUAAAAGUAAAUAUUAUGAUUAUUUUGAGACGGGGCAUGGUGACAAGAGCAACGCGAAUGAAUCAUGGAAGAAAUCCUUACGGAAAAGGGAAUACUUGCCAAGUGGCAAAAUAUGUUGCAGUAAAGGAAGCAAAAUUUGAACCAUCUUCCAUGUAAUUGCCGUUCCGAAGAACACACCGCAUGUUGAAUUUCUCAAACUAAAUGUCAUUCUGGAUGGAUCUCCUCAUGCUUUUAUACAGCCAAUACAAUCAUGUCAUAAGCUUCACGGAUCGUUUUAAUGACUGGGGAGCAGAUUGCAUUGAAGCGUAUGUACGGUCUGCAUCACGGAACUAUUUAUAAAUAUAUGGAAUUAAAGAGCACAGUUGAAUUGUGAUAUAGAAA